AUGGAUAGAUAUGCCAGAUCAGUUGAAGCAGACGCAAUGCAUACAAGACCAAGCAAUGCUGAGGUUCCACAGGGAGAAGUAAAUAGUCGAUUAGAGCAAAAGAGAAUCGAUUAUUCAAAAGAAAAGAAGAAGACCCUGCAAGCUCGUUAUAUAUAUGGCAUCAUCUUCUUGAUUAUAAAUCUUAAAGCUUGGUUUUUUCGCGAUUAUGGGCAAAAGGUUCUAUCUCAUUUCAAUAGUGAACUUGCUAGAGUUGGUGCUGGAAUUUUUCUUGUUCUCCAACUUGUAAGCGUAAUUGAGUUCAUCACCUGGUGGAAUAACUACUGGAUGCCUGAUGAACAAGAGAAGAAAAGUUGCUCCCUCGGAUUAUUCAUCUCAACAGUUUUCUAUAUUGCUACUGUUUGUGGAAUUGUGGUGAUGUACGCUUUAUAUGGACGGAGACUUGAAUGUUCUCUAAACAUAUUCUUCAUUACAUGGACUGCCAUUCUUCUUAUAGUGAUGAUGGCUAUGUCCUUACACUCAAAGGUCAAUAGAGGCCUUUUGUCUUCUGGGAUUAUGGCUUCAUACCUUGCCUUCCUCUGUUGGUCUGCUAUAAGAAGUGAACCUGCCAGCGACAAUUGCAACAAGCAGAAAGCAAAUGGAGAUAGUGACUGGACCACCAUACUUGUAAAACCUAAGAAUCUUUCUGCUUGCCUUCAAUUUCACUUGCUUGGUGUUUUCCAAACAGUUGUGAGCUUCCUGUUCGCAAUAGGUGCCAUUGUUAUGGCAACAUUUUCCACGGGAAUUGAUUCACAAUCAUUUCAGUUCCGCAAAGAUCAUGAUCAACGGGAGGAUGAUAUCCCUUAUGACUAUGGGUUUUUCCACCUUGUAUUUGCUUUCGGGGCCAUGUACUUUGCAAUGUUAUUCAUUAGUUGGAACCUGAAAAACUCAGCAACAAAGUUCAAAUGGUAUGCUAGUUUGAAGGUCAUGGAUUUAGAACGAUUGCGAUGUGGAUGCAAGAGGUUGGGGUGA